UUGAACAGCAUGUAUAACUUUAACUGAGCUUCGUUAGUCUUUCUUAGCCUGCUGCAGUUACAGUUACAGCCGCGUAUUUGUUACAGUGAACCUGCCGUCAGCUGUAUAACAUUAGCAUUAGCUUGUGGUGAUGCUAAGCUGCUACUAGCAGGUCCUGUUCAGUGCUAAGUUGUGUCCGGACGACUUUACAGUUUAGUUUUCUCCGUAUUACGAUCACCAGAUAACUGUGGAUGGCCUCGUGUGUACGGAAGCUUCGUGGUGAAGCGCUUUGGCCUGUGGGAAAUGUAGGAAACACCAGGACGAGCUGCGCACCGCAGGAAACCGCUUUGACAAAUCAACCUUAUUUUCGCUCACUUCAUUAAUAAAAGUCUUGUCACUUGAAGAACUGCAGUUUUCACACAUCUCGCCGUUAAUGUCACCCAGCUAACGGUGUAGUUUCAAGAAACAAUGCAGUGUUCCUGCCACGAACAUCACGACGGAAGCCCUGCAGGGUCGAUCUGCGCAGCGGCUCUGAUGGAAACGCCGCAGAUAGUAGCUCAUUCUCCUUCUUCCGGUUUCUCCUCUUAGUGUCUCCAUAGCAACUCAUCUGCCUCCUCUCACCUGGUCCCGAGGAUCCAGGUGUGAUCCAGUGACACGAUGGAGAGUUUAAAGACGCGGCUCGAGUUCCCCAGCCCCGUCAUACAAGCCCAGACGGUGAGAAGUCUUGUUGCAGCUGUCUUAAAGGAAAAAGGGUCAGAUGGGCAGAUCACCUGGUCCUGUGCUCAGGGCCCAGCACUGGAAGCUUUGUGGCAGCAGUGCUGCAGUGACUGUGCUGUGGUGUGUUCAGCGUGCUGUGACACCUUGGUGUUAUUGGUGGACCAGGGCCAUGCAGACCUGGACUACAUCCUCAGUGGUGUCCUCAACCUCCUGCCUUCUGCAAGACACACGCAAGGGUUGAUAAAAGUCAUUCGGCGAUUGUUGGAGAUGCAGGCUGACCAGAGCGAUGCACACUUCACCUGUCCGUAUUCUAUCAGGUAAGUAUCUCAUGUCUAAUAUCUAGAGGUGUUCAUACAUGUUGUCUUGUGUAAUCUAUCAAGCUACACAUAGCUUGUAGCUUACUGCUAGUCCAAAGAGGCAGCACUGGUCCAUCACCCACUUGAAGUGCUGUAGGGGUCCGGUGCUCUGUGGGGUGGCAGUCGUGGCCCUGGUGCUUGAGUCCCAGCUAUAAACUGGCUCUUGGAGCAUGAGCAUCCCAAACUAGUGCGUGUUGAAAAACACUGACUACAUGUAAAGAGUGAGAGGUGGCAGGCAGGGAAUGGGUACGUUUGUAUCUCCCUGAUUUGAUCAGCAUUUAGACGUUUUCCCUGGUGGACAGGACGGGUGCUUCCCUGUGCCGUCAUGUUGGGAACAGGUGCCCAUAGUCAUCUGUUCACAUGUGACUAACAGCUGUUUAGAGUACUUUUUAGAGUUGCUGGGUGAGGUGGGUACCCCAUCUAGCAACUCCAUAGUCCUGCUGGGGGACUUUGAUGUGUUGGUGGCAAUCCCUGAACCAGAAGAUAGACAUUGGAGGUUCAGGAGCAGCAGGUUGCAGCGUCCUGUUAGGCUUGGCUAUCUUCUGGCAGAUAUCGACAGGAUGAGUGUAACUCUUGCAGAAGCUGAAGCAAAAACUCAGCUGUACGAGGAGCUUGGUGAGGAAAUGCAGCAAGACUUUUGGAGCUUGGUCCGUUUUGCCAUCACUGUCGGAUCUAUUCCUGCUGGGUGUUGUUAUCGAUGCUGUUUUGAGUAAUUCUGCAGCUGCGUGUGAAACAUUGGGAAUGAGAGUCAGCACCUCCAAGUCUGAGGCUGUGGUUCAAAGCUGAAAACAGUGGAGCAGCCACUCCAGGUCAAGGACGAGCUGGCGCCCAAGUUGGAGGCGUUUAAGUAUCUGUGGGUGUUGUUCACGAGUGAGGACAGAGUGACAGACGGUGCUGUGGCUGCAGUGAUGGGCCGCUGUAAGAACCAACAGGGUUUUAACAUUAAAAGUGAUGUUUGGUCACAAUAUGGUGAGCUCUCCUCUUUUUAGUGCAUAAAAUCUGUCCUGUGGAUGAAUGCAGACUUCACCUCAAAGGCAAAGACACUCGUGA